AUGGAACCAGAAGGGUACAGGUCGAGCCAGACAUGGUACACUGUGUGGCCCCCAGGUGGUUGUGUGAUGCAUGGGCCCAGACCAAGAAGCCAUGCGAUAAAGAUGAAUAAGCAAGUUCGAAGGCUUGGUUUGAAGAUAGCACUGUCAGCUCGAGCCGCAGAAGGAAAACUCCUCGUAUUCGAUGAUUUGGCGUUGCCAACGCAUAAAACAAAGAACAUUGUGAACUAUUACAAUCAAAUGGAGAACACAAAGAAAGUACUCGUGGUAGAAGACGGUCCUAUCGAGGAGAAGCUGAAGCUAGCCACCCAAAAUCUCCACUACGUCAACAUUCUUCCAUCAAUAGGGCUUAACGUUUACAGCAUUUUGCUUCACGAAACGCUUCUGAUGUCUCGUGAUGCUGUGAAUAAGAUCAUUGAGCGUAUGCACACUCCCAUUAUUAGAUGUAGAUAA